AUGGAAGAAGAAGAAGCAACAUUAGAAGGCCAGUUCCACGAGUUUUCUCGUCUUCUCGAUAAUAAGAGAGACGGUAAUACUAUGACUCUUUACCGUUCCGAUUAUUGGAUGCGUCAGAGCAAAGUUCUAGAUGACCGAAAGGUCACCAUGACUGACACUGGAGUGCUGUGGUGGAAGUACUGCAAAACGGAACUAAACUGGCAGGAAUGGUAUGAUUUUUUCACUGAUCUGUGUGAACUUAAAGGAUUAGAUCAAGAAUUUGUGGAGACUAUGAUGACGAACUGCGGUAUACCAGGGUCGUCACCUGUUCUCAUACCUCAGUUUAGAGAUUUCUUCGACACAUUUAAACCAAAAGAAAAACUGCCGUUUUGA